GAUAAACGUUUGAUAUGUGAAUGUCUCUGUGCUGCAGGUCAAGAUCCAACACUCAGCAUGAGUCCCAAGCACGUCGUCUUUAAAAAGGUGUCCCGUGACAAGUCGGUGACCGUCUACAUGGCAAAGAGGGACUUUGUGGAUCACUGCGACUUUGUGGAUCCAGUCGAUGGCGUGAUUGUGAUUGACCCAGUGCAGCUCAAAGGAAAGAAAGUGUAUGUGAUGCUGUCGUGCACAUUUCGCUACGGCCGUCAGGACAUGGAUGUGAUGGGCGUGGCCUUCAGGAGGGACCUCUUCCUGGUGACCCGGCAGGUUUACCCCGAGCUGCAGGACAAAGAAAAGCUCACCCACACCAAGAUCCAGCAGAAGUUGCUGCGAAAGCUCGGAAACAACGCCUUCCCCUUUUUCUUCGAGUUUCCAGACAACCUGCCCUGCUCCAUCACUCUGCAGCCCGGACUGUCCGACGUGGGGAAGAAAUGUGCGGUGGAAUUUGAGGUGAAAGCUUUCUGUGGUGAGAACCAGGACGAGAAGAUCGACAAACAGAGUUCUGUCCGUCUCACCAUCCGUAAGAUCCAGUUCAGUCCAGAGGACAGCAAACUGCUUCCCAGCGCAGAGACAACCUUUGAGUUCCUGAUGUCCGAGAAACCUCUGCAUGUGAAACUGAGCCUGCCCAAAGAGACUUUUUACCACGGCGAGCCGCUCAAAGCCAAUGUUGAAAUCACCAACUCGUCCAGCAGGAACAUCAAAGACAUCAGCUUGUCAGUCGAGCAGGUGACCCACGUCAUCCUUUACUCCAACGAUAAGUACGUCAAGUCUGUGGCCAAAGAGGAGACCAGUGACUCUGUGCCUUGUGGCACCAGUCUGAAGCAGGAGUACACCCUGCACCCUCUGCUGGCAUACAACAAAGACCGCAGAGGACUCGCUUUGGAUGGGCGACUUAAACACGAGGACACCAACCUGGCUUCAUCAAGCAUUGUGAAGCAGGAGGUCCUGAAGGAGGUUCAGGGGAUUCUGGUCUCCUAUAAGGUCGUGCUGAGGAUGGUCGCCUCAGGGAUGGUGGGAUCCAGUGAGGUGUCUCUGGAGGUUCCCUUCAGGCUCAUGCAUCCCAAACCUGAACCAGCCAAGGACAGUGAAUCAGAUGACAUGGUGUUUGAGGAAUUCAAACGGGCCUACCUGAAGGGCGUGGUCUACGGAGACGACGACGAGUCCCCCACCGACGCCUGAACUACAAAGAUGGCUGCCUCAGGUCAAACGGCACGGCGGCCACUCGGAGCUGAAGAUGAACACAGCGUGGUCGUCCACCCGUGGUUUCCUCACUGUUUUAACGACUCCAUCGUGUUUCCUGCAACACCACCCCCAGGCUAACUACAGCCGCGAGGUGGCGCUAGCAGGAACCAAAAACUCUGUCUGCCAUAAAUGACCAUCUCCUCCCCUAAUGCAGUACUUUUACCUGGAACCAGGUGUUUUUACUUUUUUUUCCUGCAGCAUUUCCUCCAUGGCUGGGUUUGGUGUGUACUUUAGGGUUUCCCAAACCUGAUGCAGCGCCCUCCGGUGGCCACAGUGAUUAUGCUGUGAACAAAGCUGAGUGAUGCAGUCGUGGCUGGGAGGACGCUGAGGUGGAUGGACGGGUGGAGCUGCUUGUCUUUGAUGAAUGAAAUGGUCUAAGUCACAGGUGUCAAACUCCAGGCCUCGAGGGCCGGUGUCCUGCAGGUUUUAAAU